AUGGAUCAGCCAGUCGCAGAAAGUGGGGGCGCCGCGAGGGGCAGUUUGCCUGGGGGCGGAAAGGCGGUGGGGGUUUCUUCUGCGGGCGAGGAGAGGUUGUGCGCGAAGAGUGCCUGUACAUUUCUCGUUCAGGAGAAGCGCGGCCUGCGCUUUUUCCAGGUGCUAACGGCGCCCUCGCCCGACAGCAAGAAGGGAAAGAAGAAGCUGGUCGAGCUGUUCCACCGCACGGGGAUGCAGCAGGCAACGUGGAGCCCCUGCGGCCGGCGGCUUGCAAUCGUCUCGCAGGAACAGGGCCUUCUUGUCUUCCAACACCCCACCUGGGCCGUCGAGGACGUCGCGGCGCUCUGGAACAGGCCCGCCGCGCCCUCCUCGUACUGCAGCGAAAGGGGCGCCGCAGCGAAGGCCGCGAAGGGGGGGGCGGGUGGCGUAGGGAGCGGAGUAGAGGCCGAGGAGGACGAGGAGGCGAAGCGGGAAGAAAUCAGCCAGGCGCUGAUCAGCGAGAUUGAGCAGUUGGCACUGCGGCUGCCCGAGGGCUCACUGGCCGCCAGCAGCCAGAGCCCGCCCAAGUACCUGCAGUGGUCACCGCUCGGCACAUACCUCGUCGCGUUCUACAACGUGGAAAAUCAGCGGAAAGCCAUGGGCGACGACGAGGUCGGAAGCCAAGAUCACAACGUCUUCGUCUGGAACGUCGGCACGAAAGCGAUCGUUGCCUCCUUCUACGUCCGCAGACUCGUUGGAUCUCAGUGGCCGCUCCUCAAGUGGAGAGACGACGAACUCUUCUGCUGCAUCGCCUCCCGAAACUGCAUCCAGGUGUUUGCGGGUCAUGAUCUGAAGAAGAUGCUUUUGCGGUUCGCGGUGCCGCGCGUGUUCAACAUCGAGCUCGCGCCAUGCUUCUCGCCCGAGUUGGAGCAGGAGCUGAUGAUUGGCGCCUUCUGUCCAGCGGCCUCUCCGCCGGGGCCGACGCUCUCGAGUGUUGCGUCGCAGGGCUUGAGCACGCCGAAUCCGCAGACUGCGCAGUUUUACGUCUUCCAGAUCCCAAGCGUCGCAGCCGCCGCGGCGGAGGCUGCGGCUUCGCGAAGCUGCGACGUCGACUGGACGCUGAACCCGCAGACUGCGCUGCAGGACCUGCUGCAGGCGCAGCGCCCGAACUUCGAGAAGACUGAGAGCGCGCUCAAGUCCGCGGCCGCCCUCGUGUCCGACCCCAACGCCGGCCUGGUGGGGGGGGGGAAGGCGGAGAAGAAGAAGGCCGCGCAGAGCGACAGCGAGACAGAGGCCGACGCCAAGCGUGACGUCGCCGGCAAGCAGCUCGUCUUCCACACUGUCGACGAGGAAGAAGUAAAGGGCGCCCUCGCCGCAGCCAGCACCGACGUUGAGGCCUUCGAACGCGCCCUCGUGCGGUGCGUCGUCAGGCAGGUUGUCGCCGUCGCGGACUCGGCUGAACUCGCCUGGAGUCCCUCGGGCACCGGACUCAUCGUCAUGGCCAACACCACGGUCGACGCGGCGGGGGAGAACUACGGCGGCGUGGGCGACUGCUGGUACUUCUGCCGCGAGCCGCCGCUGGACGAGGUAGCCAGACUUCAGCAGAUGCGCGCGGAGAUGGAGAGUCUUUUGUCUUCCUGCGGGAGCUCGUCGCCUCACUUCCGCGCGAUUCAGGCGGCCGCAGCGUCGGUCCACCGGUUCGCGGACGCGAUUCAGAACCUAACCAGCUUCGUCAAAAAGCUGAGCAAAAAAGUCGCGCAAGAUGCAAAGUGGAGUCCGACGCGAGACGAGUUUGUCCUCAUUGAAGGGAAAUCGCCUUCAGAUAUCUACUUGCUGGACAAGCACUGCCACAUUCGAUUUUCAUUCCCGCCGAAGUACCGCAACACCAUCAACUGGGGUCCCUUUGGGCAGAUGGUCGCCAUCGGCGGCUUUGGCAACCUCGCAGGCGAGCUCAGCUUCUGGUACCGCGACAGCAACGUGCGAGGCAUGUCGCUGAUCACCGAGUGGCGCGCGGCCUGCACCGUGCAGAGUCUCUGGGCCCCCAGCGGCGACUUGUUUCUGACGGCCUCCACCUAUCCUCGCAUGAAGGUCGAUAACGUUUUCCGCGUAUUCGAUUACGAAGGGGAGGAAAUCGCAUCGGUCAAGUUCGAGGAGUUGUAUAAAGUUGCGUGGAAGCCCGAGUCAGAUCUGGCGCCGCCACCCGCGCCGCAGCGCAACGAACUUGCCCUGGAGCAGACGAGCAAGGGAUUCUAUCGCCCCAAGAAUGCGCAGGGCAUUCUGGCGAGGGUCAUGAGAGGUGAGCUAGACGAGAGUGCACUCCCGGAGGAACUCCGCAGGAAGCCAGAGGAUGCGAAGAAGAAGCGCGGGGCCGCGGGGACCCCAGGGACUGCCGGCGCGUCCGGUGCCGCGCCGAUCGCGGCCGACGGCUCCACCGCGCCGGCAGGCACUAGCAAGAAGGCGGAGAGAGACUGGGGCGGACUGCUUGACUGGAGACUUCAUGCGAAAGAGGAGAGUCGCGCGGCUGCGGCUGCCGCGGCGGCGGGGUCGGGGCCGGAGGCGUCGUCGGAGGAAGGGACAACUGCGUCGUCGAAGGGGACAGCUGCAGACGCAGUUGCGGGUGCGGGGCGAGCCCGGGGUCGUACGAAGAGUGGAGCUGGAGCCCAGAGUCCGGCGCCGGCGGAGGCGGCGGCCCGGGGGGUGAGUGGAGGGGCGGCCGCGACCCGCGGCGGAGCCGGGGCCAGUCAGGGGGGCAAGGGCACUUCGCUGUCAUCGGCGUCUUCGACGUUCUCCACCGAACAGAGUCGCCGGUCUUCUCGUUCGCCAGUGCCCUCUGAAGGCGCGAAGGCCCCUGGAGACCGCGAAGAGGACAAGGAGAAACCGGCGUCGGUGUCCAGCCUCAGCUCGCCGCGGGGCGAGUCUGCCGGCGCGCAGGCGAGCCUCAGUCGGUCGCGAGGCGCUGCGGAUGGCGACAACCACAGCCAGGAGCGGAAGCGCGACGGAAAAGGAAAGGGAGGAAAAAGUGCAAACAGCGAACGCCUGGACGCAGGUGGCACGGAGGGAGGGAAGCAAGAGAUUCAACAAGGCAUCGCCUGCCACGAAGAAGAAGCGGAAACGUCGUCCUCGGUGGCAGGCACCUUGCCUGAGGAGGCCGGCGCGCGCGCCGCGCGUGCUCAGGAAGCGCUUUCCACUGCUCAGCAGCGCGUGCUCCACGGGCAUGGCAGCGUGUCGUUCCUCCAGGCGUUGACAUCUUCAAACUCUUCAUCUCUCUUCCGACCGUCUCCCCCCUCGUCUCUUUCCUCAGGAGCUGCGGGUCCUUCACCGCUCUCGUCUUCGUAUCCGGGAGUCAUAGGGCCUUCUUCAGCUUCUUCGAGGUCGUCGUCUUCCGACCCCGCCCCGCCGUCCGCCGCCUCGUCCGGGGCCUUCCCGUCCACCGCCUCGCCGCCGGGCGCCGCGGCGCCGGGGCGGUCGGGGACAGUCCCCGUCGGCGGGGGGGCCGGCCCCUCGGGUUUCAACAAGGCUCCGGGCCCUUCCGCAUCGCACACCAAUGCCCCACCACACUACGAAGAGCUGCUGCGCGCCUUCCGCAACAUCGUGCCGCCGGGCGCGCUGCACGUGCUUCAGCACCAGGAGGGCCGCGGGCAGCAACUCUCCUCGCUGGGGGGUGUCUCCGCGGACGGCCGCGGAGGCCCGGGCGCGCAGGGCUCUGGGCCCGGCGGGGCGGCCGGCGGCUUCGGGCAAGCCCACGGGGCCGACUCGAAUGCGGCGGCCGUCGCCAACGCCCAGGCAGCGUUGGGCGCAGUCCUCGCGCGCCUGCAGCAGCAGAGCAAAGCGGGCAGCGGAGGCGCGGGGGACGGGCGAGCAGGGAGCGCGUCUGUGCCUGGACACUUCCGGGCUGCGCCUGGCGGCGCGGGCCAAGGGGGAUCUUCUGCGUCAAACGCGGCAGCCUUCUGCGCCGAACUCGCGUCGCGAGUUCAGCAACAGAGAGGGAUGGCAGGAGGCGCAGGCGCCUCGUCGGUGGCGUCUUCUCAGCUGCUGAAGCAGCAGCUUCUUCAGCAGUUUGCGCGGCAGCAGGGCCAGCUUAGCGGCGAGGGCCUCGCGGCCUUCAUGGCUCGCAGCGGGUCGCUUGGCGAGGGGGGCGGGCUGGCGGGCGCCGCCUCGGAGGGACGGGGCCCGAGCGGGCCUGGCGCAGGCAGCGCAGCCAGCUCGAUCACGCACGCGCAAGAGGUGAUGCAGCUGCUAGAGCACUUGCGUCGAGGCAACACGGCGGAGGCUGUCCAGUUCGCCCAGGGCAGUCGAGCUGUGUGGGCGCUCCUCCAGGCCGCGGCGCAGAAACAGAAACUCCCAAUGCAGACCCAGGCGCACCCGAAGGACAUGCAGCAGCAUUUCCAGGGGCAGGGCCUGAACCUCGGCGCGAGGAAGGGCGGCAACGUCAACAGUCCGCGGAGCGUGGAGACAGCGGCCAUGGGGAUGCGCGGCAGCGGCUCCGGGGCAGCAGGAAGUGGCCUGGGGUCGUUUUCGAACUCGAGUUACCAGGGGGGCCUCCCGCCGCCUUUCCUUUCUUCGUCCUUCUCCGGGGAGUCGCUCUUGAGCGGCGGCGAGGGCCGGGUGGGGUGCGGCGCCUCCUCCGCCCUUCACCCGCAGAGCGACGCGGGUUUCCUUGCGGACUUCAUGACGCUUCAGCUUCGUCGCAAGGCAGCGGAGGCCGCGGGCGCUCAGCAGGCAUCGGUGGGUGAUACGCGUCAAGGGGCCUUUUCUGCGUCUUUCCCCGGGAUGGCGAGCACUCCCGGCGCGUCCACCGCGUCUUCGGGAGUCUCGCAGCCUCGCGGUGCGCCCCAGGAGACGAGGAGCCCGAGCUCGCUCGCCGCGGUGACGGCCGCUGCAGUCGAGGCCCUCACGCAGCAGUACCCGCAGCUGACGAAGGAGCAAGCGGUCCUGCUGUUGCAGAAGCUGCGUCUGAGCAACUCGGGGCUGGCUUCCUCGCAGAACAGCGCGCACUACAGCAGCGGCGACCACCACUUGAGCGGCUCCUCGUCGUCCUCCAGCGGCGGGGGCCCGACAGGCAUGGUGUCCGCGGCGCCGUCGCAGGGGUCGAUUGUAGCGGAGGGCCUCGGGCUGGCGCCGGGCGGCGGCGCCUUCGGAUCGGGGUCCUUUUCCUCCUUCGCAUCUGCACGCAGUGCGGCCUCGGAGGGCGGCCGCGGCGGGGCGGGCCGCCAGCAGCUCAUGGGCGCCUCAGGGUCGUUCGAGGGCAUGGGCGAGGAGCGCAGCAAGGCGGCUGGAGCCUUCCGCACCGCAGCGUCUGCUGCGCAGCGGGAGUCUGAGCUGCUGGGCAAUUCGCGGAACUCGGCCGUGAGCAAGGGCGCGGCGUCGGCGGGAUUCGGGCCCGCGGCGCUGAGCGCGGGCGGCGAGGCGGUGCUGCGCGGCUGGUCUGCAGGAGGAGGCGCGAACGGCGCGCUGCCUGGGUCGCUCUCUUCAGCCGCGGCGGCCGGCGCCGGAGGCUUUUCGGGCGAGGGGCCCGGGUUCUCCAGUGGGCCGGCGCCGCAGUACCUUCAGGACCCGAGCCGGAUGCCGCUCGGCGGCGGCGACAGGGCCAGAGACGCCUUCGGCGGCGGCGACGAGCGCAGAGACGCCUUCGGCGCGGGGGCCUUCCCGCAAGAAGGCCGGGGCUACUUCCUCCCUCGAGGGGGAGCCCAAGCGCAGACAAGCAGCGGGGAACGCGAGGGACGCGGCGCGUGCCCCGAAGGCGACACAGGGAGUGGGCAGCCAUGGGGCCCCGCGGGCGCGAGCGGCGCCGCAGCCGCUCAGGGCCCAGGCGCCGGCGCUGCGAGCGCAGGCGGCGAGAGAGGCGGAAAAAGGCCCGACGCCAUGAAGGACAAGUGCUGGCAAUAUGUCGACCCGAAAGGAAACAUUCAGGGGCCGUUUCACCGCGAAGAAAUGGCGAUGUGGAAUGCAAUGGGGUACUUCGACCCCGCUUUGCCGGUGCGGUGCUGCGGCGCCGAUCGCUUCAUUCCGCUGAACAAGCUGUACCCGCCGCCUCAGCAGCCGUUCUCGACGACGCCCAAGCCCCAGCCCAUGCACAUAUAG